CACAGUCUGUGAACAAGAACAGAGUUUGUUAAGGAAUAAUUGGAUGAAUACAGCCAUGGCUGAUUUGGCAGUGGGCUCUGCACAAGAAGUUAUAGAGAGAGUAUCCAAUCAGCUAGCCUGCAGCACUACAUCACUUAAAGUAGCUGAAUUCUUUGACAAGCAUGAUGAGCUGCAGCAUUUGCGGCAAGAAUUCCUGAUCCCUAAAGUAGCUGAUCUUCCUCCAUCUGACCUGACACUUGUGGAUGGCUCUGAAGAUUGUAUUUACUUUGUUGGCAACUCUCUUGGACUACAGCCCAAAAAUGUUAAAAAGUACCUAGAUGAGGAGUUGGAAAAAUGGGCCAAAACUGGAGCCCAUGGUCAUUUGAUGGGGUUGCGACCCUGGGCUUGGGCUGAGAACAAUCUUGAGGAUGUCAUGGCAAAGGUCGUAGGUGCUAAACCAGAGGAAGUUGCCUUGAUGAAUGGUUUGACUGUCAACUUGCAUCUUUUAAUGCUUGCGUUUUACAAGCCCACUGCAAAACGCCACAAAAUCAUUCUGGAAGACAAGGCCUUUCCAUCUGACCAUUAUGCUGUUGAAUCUCUGAUAAGUCUCAAAGGCUUCGAUCCCACUGAAAGCAUGCUCCUUCUUAAACCCAGAGCGGGUGAGGAAACUUUGAGGACAGAGGACAUCAUUUCCACAAUUGAAAAAGAGGGAGAAUCAGUCGCUGUGGUUCUGCUGGGUGGAGUACAAUAUUACACGGGUCAGCUGUUCAACAUGGAGGUCAUCACCAAAGCGGGACAGGCUCAGGGCUGCUUUGUGGGGUUUGACUGUGCACACGCCGUGGGUAAUGCAGAACUACAACUGCAUGACUGGGGGGUCGACUUUGCCUGCUGGUGCACCUACAAAUAUUUGAAUUCUGGAGCUGGUGGGUUAGCAGGAGCGUUUGUACACGAGAAACACACUGAUAAAAUUAAACCUGCGCUGCUGGGUUGGUGGGGGCACAAACUAGACACCAGAUUCCAGAUGACAAAUGUGAUGAGUCUGCAGCCUGGUGUCAAUGGAUUCAGACUCUCCAAUCAACCCAUUUUAUUGGUUUGCCCUUUACAGGCCAGUUUAGAGAUUUUCAAUAAAACCACAAUGAGGGAUCUGAGGAAGAAGUCCGUACUGUUAACUGGAUAUCUGGAAUAUCUCCUGAAACAUUACUACAGUGAGAACAAGUCUGAACCGCAGAAGCCUCACGUCAGUAUCAUAACACCUAGUAACCCAACAGAGAGGGGCUGCCAGCUCUCACUGUCCUUCUCUGUACCCAUCCUAGCUGUGUUUAAAGAGCUUGAGAAAAGAGGAGUCGCAUGUGACAUGAGGGAACCAAACGUACUCCGUGUAGCUCCAGUUCCUCUCUACAACUCCUUCACUGAUGUAUAUCGCUUUAUUGCUGUACUUGGAGCAGCACUUAAUGCCAGCAAUGAAGUCAAGCAAGACAUCAAAGCAACCCAAUGACACAAAAGCUGUGUGUUUGUACAAAAUAGCUUCUAAUAAUAGUUAUAACUACUUGAAGACCAUGAAAAUACUUAUGGUAACUGUUAUACACAUGGUUUAGGAAAACCCAAGUAACCCUAAUCUGUUGUUGCUUUGUAUUGAGACAAAUGUUGGUCAUGUGAGCUGUCAAAAAGUGUUUGUCCCUUUCAAAGUUCUUCCAUUUUUACAUAUGUUACAUAUUCAGUGUUUCACACCACCAAGUUGCCACUGUUGGGUCCCUGAGCAAGACCCUUAACCCUCAAUUGCUCAUUGUGUUCCGCUCAAUGUGUAAGUCGCUUUGGAUAAAAGCGUCUGCUUAAUGCUGAAAAUGUAAAUGUAAAUGUAAAAUGUAAAUCAAACCACCAUUUUUAAUGAUAAUUUCAUCAACAAAAAAUGUAAUAUUAAAGAAAUAAUGCUAUACUGACCCUAUAUUAAAACGUAAUUGCCUCGUUAGCUACUAAUUUAGCCAGUUAACCUAAUCCAAUUGACGACUCGACUAGCCACAUCCAGACAUGAUUACUGUCAAAGUGUAGGUGACAAAAUGCAUACGUCUGCUGCCCACAUGUCGGAGGGGGUGUGGGCUACUUUCGUUCUCCUUGGAUUGGCAUUGGUGGAGAGGAAGCAUGAUGCAAUCGGGCAAUUGGGUAUGCUAAAAGGCAGAAAAAGGGGAGAAAAUUAUAAAAAAAAAAAAUCUAAAAAAAAUCGAAGCAUCACUUAAAUAUUAACUAUCUGGCAAUGCGCAAAAGGCUAAAAUGUCUCAAAAAUGUGGCAGCACAUGAUGUAAAUAUAGAUGUCAUUAAAAUCUAGUAGUCUGGAAAGGGUUACAAAGCCAUUGCUUAGACUCUGGGACUCCAGCGAACCACAGUGAGAGCUGUUAUCCACAGAUUCUUUCACAGGUAUGGCUUAACAAAUUUUCCACAAGAAUGCAUAGACUCAUCCAGGAGGUCACACAAGAACCCAGAUGAACAUCUAAAGAACUGCAGACCUCACUUACCUUAGUUAAGCUUAAUGUUUAUAUUUACAAACUACAAUGAAGUUGAGUAAAAACAUCACUGUUAUUGUUCUGUCUACUUUUAUGGGUUAAAUAAAGACCCAGGAUAAUGAACAA